AUGGCAAAAUCAGACCCUCUUACAAUUGGAAGAGUAAUAGGGGAUGUUAUAGACCCUUUUAGCCCAAGUGUAAGAAUGUCUGUUACUUAUAACAACAAGCAAGUGUAUAAUGGUCAUGAACUCUUCCCUUCGUUGGUCACUCUUAAACCUAGGGUUCAAGUUCAUGAUGGUGAUAUGAAAUCCUUUUUCACUUUGAUUAUGACUGAUCCAGAUGUUCCUGGACCCAGUGAUCCUUAUCUGAGAGAGCAUCUGCACUGGAUAGUAACAGAUAUUCCAGGCACAACAGAUGCCACUUUUGGGAAAGAGGUCAUGACAUACGAAAUACCAAGGCCAAACAUAGGCAUACACAGGUUUGUGUUCAUCCUGUUCAAGCAGAAACGUAGAGGUAGCGUUGCUCCACCAUGCGGUCGAGAUCGAUUCUGUACCAACAAAUUUGCUGAACUUAAUCAAUUGGAUCUUCCUGUUGCUGCUGUCUACUUCAAUUGCCAAAGAGAAACCGCUGCUAGAAGGCGUUAA